AUGGGGAAAGGGGUAAGUUCUCUUCACUUAUUUAUUCAUGCAUAUAGAGGGGUAUUUUUCUAUCCUUCAUAACAGGGUUGGGGUCAAUUCCAUUUCAAUUCAGAAAGUAAACUGAAAUUUAAAUGUUUCUCUCACAGUGAAGCAUUGAGGAGAAUUUGAGUUUAAGUUUUCUUCCUGAAUUGACUGAAUUGAAAAGGAAUUGACCUCAACUCUGCUUUAUACACACAUACACAGUCUGUCAUAUGAAUAUACUGUACCUAUGGUUGAGUUGGGGUUAAUUCCUGUAACUUCCAAAAAAGUUCGGGAUUUCCUGCUUAUUCCAUUCCUGUAUGAUUACAGGAAUCUUUCAACCAGGAAAUGUAGAAAACCUGGGCAUUUUGGGAAAAUUAACAGAAUUUUGCAACCCUAGACAUGUCACAUACAGCCACAGACAUCAUGGAAAAUCUAAGCUGGUUUUCGAACAGUGUCUGCAGUGACGUCGGUGCCGGUUCUAUAUGCCGCAGUGUUGAGGCAUUUUGUGACCACAUUGGAAAGUAGGAUUAGAGCAUAGAUAACUAAUAUCAUCAAUAUCUUAUCAAAAGCUCUAUUCACACAUAUUACAGAAUUCCAGUUGUAUAACUUGUUCAAUUCCAGCUGACUUUUGUUUUUAGCAGGUGUUGGCGAUUAUCUGUUAUAUCAUACAGUAGCAAUUUCCUCUAAAUCGGGCACAUUUCCUGCACUACACCAGCUCUCUACUCUCAAACUCUUUUCGACUGAUUUUUCAAUGUGUCACUCUCCCACACACUCAUUCUUUCCCUCUCUCUGUCGCUCUUUCACUCGUUCACACGUUCUGCUGGGAAAGAAAGAGUGACAGCAGCAGAUGAUUUCCAUGAUGCUGCAUUCUUCAACAGUGACUGUUCCAAUCUGAACUACACACACACACACACACUAAUGUGAACUCAGACUUUCCAUCGCCAUAUUUGAACAAAGUAGCCAACACACAGAAUAACGAUAUCCUACUGUUACAAGUGAUACAUUAGUGAAAUGUUUAUUUUUGAUGAACAUGAAUAUAUAAUAUAAACAUGGAUAUACUUCCCUAGGGAUCCUAUAAUUCAUUCUAUUUAUGAUUUCUAUAGCAUGCUAUAUGUAAUUAUAUGUAUACUUCUCCCUCUGUAUGUGGGAGGUUUGAGUUAAGGGUUUAUGUUUGAUGUGAUAAUCUCCUCAUUCCUCAGAGUGGUGCCGAAAAUGGAGGAGGAAAGAAGAGGAAGAAGGAGAGGGACUUGGAUGAGCUCAAGAAGGAGGUGUCCAUGGUAAGUGUAACUGGCGGUCUGGGGAUGCGUCCCAGAUAACACCCUAUUACCUAUGUAGUGCACAACUUUUGACCAGGACCCAUAGGCCACUUGUCAAUAAUAGUGCGCCAAAUUAGCCUGGGUACCAGGGGUGCCAUUUGGGACGUAGUCAGGCUGUCACGUGUAAAUAACUCAGUGCAGUACGUUUUUAUAUUGAAUAAUGACCUUCUGGUUGUGGUUUAUUUGAGUUAGUCAGAUCAUUCUGUUCUUUCACAGGAUGAUCACAAGAUAUCAUUAGACGAUCUGGAAAGACGCUACACAGUCGACUUGGCUCGGGUAACACACACAUGCACAUACAUACAGCUGCCUUCCCUUCUGCUCUGCCCAGUCACUUUAAUCUCCCAGCCUUGAUCUAAUCUCUACUUAACUACUGCUUUCUGUCCAUGCUACACACACAUAAACUCCCCCCCAACUGUUACUUUGGUCCAUGUUUGUCCAAGUUGAGUCCAUAGGGUUCUCAUCCCUGUCCCACAUGGGAGCCCCACAUGCUAUCUCUAUUACUGGUGUUCAAUGGUAUUACAGUGAAUAUCAGUGAAGUAAUAUAGGUCCCAUAUGGAGAGAUGUCUAUCUAUCUCAUCUUUAAUCCUACUGACUUUCUCUCAGACAGAACUAAAAUGUUGUUUUGCUGUCAUAUUGGGAAUGGCCACCAGGGGGUGAUGGACAAAAUCUGCAAUGGUACUAUACUGGCACUAUAAUACUUCUUUUACAUUUUAGUCAUUUAGCAGACGCUCUUACCCAGAGCGAUUUACAGGAGGAAUUAGGGUUAAGUGCCUUGCUCAAGGACACGUCGACAGAUUUUUCACCUAGUCGGCUCGGGGAUUCGCUCUUAACCGCUAGGCUGUCUGCCGCCCUUCUUCAGACAUGCCCUAGAUGUGUGUGAAAUGUGGUGCUUCUAUCACAAAAGGCAGAAUCCCAUGCUUUAGCUGCCCCACUACACAUGACAACCAAAAUGGCCAUAGAAACGGAAAACAUGAUUUUGUUGUUGUGACUGUCUCCGUAGUGAUGGUCUGUUUGCUGGCUGACGGACAGUGAUUGUAUCAGUGACUGUGAUACAUGUUGUAUGAAGUGUUGUAUGUCUUGCAAUGUAUUAUUUGUAUGCCAGGAAUGACUGUAAUGUUGCCAAGCAAAUUUCCCUACGGGACAUUAAAAUAUUCAUUCAUUGUCUUCCAGGGUUUGACCAAUGCCAAGGCUCUGGAGGUGCUGGCCAGGGAUGGGCCCAACGUCCUUACACCCCCUCCCACCACGCCAGAGUGGGUGAAGUUCUGCCGUCAGCUGUUCGGGGGCUUCUCCUUGCUCCUCUGGAUCGGUGCCAUCCUCUGCUUCCUGGCCUACAGUAUCCAAGUGGCCACUGAGGACGAGCCAGCCAAUGACAAUGUGAGAACCGCCUCAAGGCUAGGCUGUAUAACAUCUGUCGUGUUAACUACACAAUGACCAACCUGGUCCCAGAUCUGUGUGUGCUGAUUUAUUUUAAUUUUAUUAGGAUCUCGUUUGACCCACCAAGGGUUAGUCUUCCAAGAGUUCUUAAGAAAUGUAAAAAACAUACAGAAAUUCAGAAAAGCAAACACAGACACAGAUCCACAUUCCUAUUAGCUUUACAUAUUACGAGUUACACCCGCCAAGCCUCUGCCCCCCACCCACCCACAUACCUCAUGUGCACAUAUUAAUUUAAAUUUAAAUACAACAUCACAUACCAUAAUAACCUCUUAGACCCAUUCUAGUUGUUCAAUAAUGUGCUUUGUGAAUUAUUCUUUUAAAAUAACUAUUUGACAAGUUUCUGGAACUUUCUGGCAAAGAGUUCCAGGAUUUCACUGUCCUGAAACUAAAAGCAAUUUUGCCCAGCUCUAAAUUGGGAAUUGGUGGUCAAUACGUGGCCUUGGUUCUGCUCUGUGUGUUACGAGAGUGUUUGUCUAUGACCAUAUCCAGUUUAUCAUAUAUAGUGGUUGGUCUUUCAGAGUGGUGAAUUUUAUUAAAAAGGGUUAGUUAGUAUAUUGUUUUCUAUCAUUUCCUUGACAGUCAGCCAUUUGAGUGCAGUAUGCAAUUCUAUGGAGGGCCUCUCGUAACCACAUUGCAGAACCAUUCUGGCUGCCUUGUUUUGCGCUAUUUGCAGGCUCUUUAGGUAACCAACACAUGCAUUACCCCAGACGACAGAGCAGUAGUUAAUUUGACUAUGGAUGAGAGCUUGUGAGAGUUGUUUUAGAAUUUGCCCUGGCGUAUAUUUCGCAAUCCUUCUGAGCAUACGGGAAUGCCAAUGAUUUUGUUGCAGAGGUGAAAUGUGUGAUAACCAAGAGAGAAUGUCUGGCGGUACACCUAACAGCCUCUGAAACCUCUACAAUGGUGUCCCGCCAAAUGUCAGCUGGAAGGAGGGUUGUUUCUUACUUCUCUCCUUUGUACAUAUUAGCAUUGCCUUGGUUUUCUUUGUUUUGUAGCACUUAUUUAUUUUGGGUUAUCCCAUUUGACAUUGGUUAAUAGCCUCUUUAAGCUGCCCUGCAGAAUUGCCUGGUCCAUAAACAGUUGUGUCUUCAGCAAACAUGGUUGCAUAGAGUUGCCCUGGCCUUAAUUGGCAAUGAGUGACAAGGUGUUGGCAUGUUAUAGCACAGACAGACUGCCACCCAGGCUAUACAGUUACAGUCCAGUUAUUAGCUAACACUGUCUAUCAUCAUCAUCAUCAUUGGCAACCUGGUUGCAAACAUACUACAUACAACCACAGAUAAAACAAUCAUCAUCAUCAUCAACAUCACCUUCACACACAAUUAUGUUGAUAUACUGUAUGCCAUAUACUGUAGUGCAACACCAAUAACCUUCAUCUAGUCAUCUUGUUCUAUCUCUCUCUCUCUCUCUCUCUCUCUCUCUCUCUCUCUCUCUCUCUCUACAGCCCUCUUCCUCUCUCUACCCCAUCUCUCUCUUUCUCUACCUCCCUCUCUCUCCCUCUUUCUCUCCCUCCCUCUUUCUCUCUACCCCCUCUCUCUUUCUUUACCUCCCUCUCUCAAUUCAAUUCAAUUUUUCAAUUUAAGGGCUUUAUUGGCAUGGGAAACAUAUGUUAACAUUGCCAAAGCAAGUGAAGUAGAUAGUAAACAAAAGUGAAAUAAAUAUUAACAGUAAACAUUACACUCAGAAGUUCCAAAAGAAUAAAGACAUUUCAAAUGUCAUAUUAUGUCUAUAUACAGUGUUGUAACAAUGUGCAAAUAGUUAAAGUACAUAUGGGAAAAUAAAUAAACAUAAAUAUGGGUUGUAUUUACAAUGGUGUUUGUUCUUCACUGGUUGCCCUUUUCUUGUGGCAACAGGUCACAAAUCUUGCAGCUGUGACGGCACACUGUGGUUUUUCACCUAGUAGAUAAGGGAGUUUAUCCAAAUUGUUGUCUUUGUGGAUCACUGUAAUCUGAAGGAAAUAUGUGUCUCUAAUAUGGUCAUACAUUUGGCAGGAGGUUAGGAAGUGCAGCUCAGUUUCCACCUCAUUUUGUGGGCAGUGUGCACAUAGCCUGUCUUCUCUUGAGAGCCAGGCAGUGGCGGCUCCUGAAAAAAUUCUCAGGGGGGGCAAUUUUUCUGAUGAUUUAGGUGACCUACACACAUUUUAAAAAAGAUAUGUCCAGCAACAACAUGAAGACAGGGGCAGCAUAUAAGUCAAUGCCAGAAGCAUUUAUUGACUGAUCUCAAAAGUGUUGGCUUACAAAAGCAAAAUAAGUUAUCACAGUAAAAAUAAUCAAGGGUGUUCUUUCACAUUCCUCAACACUGCAUAAACAAUAUGCAUUUCCAUAAACAAAUGAAAUAUCAGCUGAAAAUACAGCAUCUUGGUAUUUGUUCAGAUUGCAGGAUCAACAAGAGCUUUUACCACAUUUUUUACCUCAUGGUUGAAUUGGAAAUAUGUGCACCUGAGCAUAAUUCACAACAAGCAAGCAGGAGCUUUUGAUAGAGGCUACUGAAAACAUUGAUGCAAGUUAUUGGUAAUAAGAAAUUUUUAUAGACUUCCAUAUUCUGCCCUCUUGUAUAGAUUUGUGAAAAUGAACAGUGAUAUACAUUUUGCCUGAAAACAGAAUUUGAAAAUAAUUUCUAGAAAAGGUAAACACAGCUAUCUGUAUGGCUUUGUAAAAAUGAACAACCAUAUUCUGGCCAAUUGUAUAGAUUUGUAAAUAUGAACAACCAUAUUCUGGCCAAUUGUAUAGAUUUGUAAAAAUGAACAUGAACAGAUUAUUUUAUUUUUUUUACUUUUUUUUUAAUGAAAAAUAACUAUUUUAAACAACAUCAACUGUGAACUGAUUUGGGCGUGUGUGUGUUAAAGAGACAGACAGGGAGGGACAAAGAGAGAGAGAGGCUACAUUACUUGUACUGAAACUGUUCUCUUCUCUCUUUCAAUGCAGCAAAGCGGUCAAUGACUUUCUCAUUGAAAUCAGGCAUGCUGAGGACUAGUUCCCUCUCCAUGGAAAGCAUGGCCAGUGCAUUCAGACGUUCCUGGCCCAUUGAAUUUCGCAGGAAUGUCUUAACUCGUGUCAAAGUUGAGAAACAUCUCUCAGCUUCAGCUGUUGUCAUGGGAGUAGUUAUGAGGAUGUUCAACAGAGUCACAGUCUCAGAGAACGUCUCCUGGAGGUUGUAGCUCAUGAGAACCUGGUACAGUGCCAGUGCACCACAGUUUGACUUUCUCGUCCUCGGCAAAAAGACCGUUCAGUCUCUCCAAAAGCACACUGGCGAUUGAGACUGAGGUUGAUUCCGAGAUGGGAAGGAACUCAAAAAAGCGCUCCUGCACUUUUGUGGUUGCUAUCUAUGUACCUCAGCACAAGCAUCAGCUGUCUCUGUGUAGAAACGUCCGUGGUCUCGUCAGCUUGGAUAGCUACGAAGUUCGCCGACUUCACCUCCUCCACAAUAUGUUCCCUCAUGACCGCUAGCAUACACUCCAGUAGCUCGUUUUGAAUGGUCUUUGAUGUGAACUUCUUUUAAAGAGACAAUCGAGUUGCACUGAACGCUAGCCAUCUUUGAUAGUAGUACGUGAAUUGAUUGACGCUGCUACCCGCUCUUUUCUUAGUUACGUUCAUGGUUAUGUUACGUAUGACGAAAGCGCGUAAGUGCAAGCCCUCAGAAACCCAUAGAGAUAGUAUUGAAAGCUCUGAUAUUUGAAAAAAAUAGAUUUAACAUGAGAGUCUAUGAGAUACUUCUGGGGCGAUUUUCAACCUGACUGAAAUCGCCCAAAAACGGGCGGGGCCAUUUGAAGCACGACUUUAGCCUGAUUGGACAUUUAGUGGCAGAUCAGACGUCUAGAUUAGAACACUGAUAACUACUGUUGCCGUGAUAUAAUUGAUUAGAAAAAAAAUCCCUUCCUUUUCCCGUUUGGCAGUGCGUCGCCCAUAUCGCCCUAAUGAACACACCGCCCCUGGAGCCAGGUCUGCCUACAGCGGCCUUUCUCAAUAGCAAGGCUAUGCUCACUGAGUCUGUACAUAGUCAAAGCUUUCCUUAAGUUUGGGUCAGUCACAGUGGUCAGGUAUUCUGCCACUGUGUACUCUCUGUUUAGGGCCAAAUAGCAUUCUAGUUUGCUCUGUGUUUUUGUUUGUUCUUUCCAAUGUGUCAAGUAAUUCUCUUUUUGUUUUCUCAUGAUUUGGUUGGGUCUACUUGUGUUGUUGUUGUUGUUGUCCUGGGGCUCUGUGGGGUCUGUUUGUGUUUGAACAGAGCCCCAGGACCAGCUUACUUAGGGGACUCUUCUCCAAGUUCAUCUCUCUGUAGGUGAUGGCUUUGUUAUGGAAGGUUUGGGAAUCGCUUCCUUUUAAGUGGUUAUAGAAUUUAACGGCUCUUUUCUGGAUUUUGAUAAUUAGCGGUUAUUGGCCUAAUUCUGCUCUACCUGCCUCUCCCUCCCUCUCUCUCUUUCCCUCCCUCCCUCCCUCCCUCUCCCAUAACAGUUGUACCUGGGAGUGGUUCUGUCAGCUGUGGUCAUCAUCACUGGCUGUUUCUCUUACUACCAAGAGGCCAAGAGCUCAAAAAUCAUGGACUCCUUCAAGAACAUGGUUCCUCAGGUGAGCUGAGCUGAGACAGCACAGUAUACUGCUUUGUGAGCGUCCCAAAUGGCACCCUAUGAGAUGGGCCCUAUUCCCUUUAUAGUGCACUUUUGACCAGGGUCCUAUUCACUUUAAAGUGCACAACUUUUGACCAAGCCCAGGGCCCUGGUAAAGGUAAUGCAUUAUAUAGGGAUUAGGGUGCCAUUUGGGACACAAGCAAUGGCUUGGUCAUCGCAACAGUGUGUAAAGGCUAUAAUAGGCUUAAAUCGCUUAGAUAUUCUUCGAUUUCAAGUUAUUUCAUUUCCUUUGAGUGCCUCAAGUGGGUUUACACUGACUUGAGAAGCAUAAUAAGCUUACCCAACAUAACACAACUAAUAAUUUGAGCCAACUUUGGAUUUGCCAAUGAAUGUUUGUCUAAAAUAGUUUCAUCCUCCCCUUUGUCUCUCUCUCUUUCAUCUCUCCUCUCUGUUAUCCAUCCCUCCAUCCCUGGCAGCAAGCCCUGGUGAUCAGGGAAGGAGAGAAGAUGACAAUCAAUGCAGAGCUAUUGGUGAGGGGAGACCUGGUGGAGAUCAAAGGAGGAGACCGGAUCCCUGCCGACCUCCGAGUUGUCUCCGCUGCGGGCUGCAAGGUGAGGAGAGGAGACGAGAGGGAGUCCAAGGGUCACUUUCUUACUAUCUGUCCAGGUUGAUUACUUAGUUGCUGUCUCUCUUUAUCUCUCUCUCUCUCUGUCUCUGUCUUUCUAUGUCUGUCUGUCUGUCUUUCUUUCUGUCCAACUGGAUAACUUUCCUCUGUCUGUGUGUGAAGGUGGAUAACUCCUCUCUGACUGGGGAGUCGGAGCCUCAGACACGUACCACAGAGUUCACCCAUGAAAACCCCCUGGAGACUCGAAACAUCGCCUUCUUCUCAACCAACUGUGUGGAGGGUCAGUAGCACAAAUCCUUUCCUCUUUUUAUUCAUUUAUUUUAAUUUAACUUAUUUAUCGAGAGAGUCUCAUUGAGGUCAGAAGACCUCUUUAGAAGGGGGACCUGACCUAUUUCUUAAAUUAAAGAAUUGCUUCCCCUCCCUCCCUCCCCUCCCUCCCUCCCUCCCUCCCUCCCUCCCUCAGGCACAGCCCACGGUGUAGUAGUAGGUACCGGUGACCAUACAGUGAUGGGUCGUAUUGCCACCCUGGCCUCUGGGCUGGAGACGGGCCAGACUCCCAUCAACAUGGAGAUCGAGCACUUCAUCCAGCUGAUCACGGGCGUGGCUGUGUUCCUGGGGGUGUCCUUCUUCAUCCUGGCCAUCAUCCUGGGGUACAGCUGGUUGGAGGCUGUCAUCUUCCUCAUCGGCAUCAUCGUGGCCAAUGUCCCAGAGGGCCUGCUGGCCACCGUCACUGUGAGUAAGCCUUGAAUGUCCCAGUCAGAAUGGCCCAUAGCCUAGGGCAGUAGCCUAUCUCCUGUUUCUGUUAAGUGAGGCAGCUUGAUGUGCUUGAUGUUGAAGUACACCCCCUGGACAGGACGCAGGGACCGCCACUGUGAGUCCGACUACUAUUGUAGUUGGUGAGUGAAAGAGCAGUGGGCCGGAUUCAAACCCAUGCUGGCAGUGGUACAUUUAUGUGUGCUAGAGGCAGCGACCUAGACCGUUAGACCACCCCAGGCCACGGACUGGUAUUGUGGAUAUGGGCCAAAUUAUAAUUCUAAAUCUCCAUGCAAAUCUCUUGCUAAAUCUCAUAAUUUACACCAAAGUCUAUGAAAGUUGUGCUCUGUAGUAGGAUUUUGCAUCUAUAUGUCCAUCUUUGACCAUUACUCUGUCAUUACUAAAGUUUCAAGUUCUAUUGUCACGUGUGCAGAAAUGCCUUUCUUGCAAGCUCUUUCACAACAAUGCAGUAAUCAAUACCAGUAGUACUAUAAAAUAAGGUAAAGUAGAACAAAAACUCAUGAGAAAUAGAAAUAAGAAGAACAUGAGAAAGUAAUUGAGCUAUAUACAGGGUCAGUUCCAGGGUCAAUAUGUAGGGAUCCUGGAGUGGUAGGGGUAGAUAUGUAUAGGGGUAAGGUGACUCGGUAAUGUCCUUCAGUCUGUCUCCAUCUGCGUCCAUUUCCUCUCCUCUACCUCCCACCUCUCUCUUUCUUUCUCUUUCUCUCUCCUUCCCUCCCUCCAUCCCACUCUCCCUCCCUCCUUCCCUCCCUCCGUCUCUCAGGUGUGUCUCACCCUCACUGCCAAGCGUAUGGCCAAAGAAGAACUGCCUGGUCAAGAAUCUGGAAGCUGUGGAGACCCUGGGUUCUACCUCUACCAUCUGUUCAGACAAAACAGGGACCCUGACCCAGAACCGCAUGACCGUGGCCCACAUGUGGUUUGA